GCCUGUGUUUGCAAAAAAAGAUAGGAGUAUGAAGGAUGCCUGAAUUCCGUUAAAAUGUAGAGGACGUUGAUAAGCUUCCAUUUUCAACCACCAUUCGCUUCCAUUACAAUUACAAAUACCACAGACAUUUUUACAGAAAUUAACACAGAAACCAAAAUGGAAAGAAGGGAAGAUGGCGUUCAUUUGGGAACCCACAGAUUCAGGGACAGACGCCCACUCGGCACGGCGGCUCGAAUUUACGACAAAGAUUACAAAGAGCCGGAGGCCGUUCCGUUCUUCGAGGCGGCGGAGCUCUGCUGCUGGUCAUUCUACAGAGCUGCCAUAGCCGAAUUCGUUGCCACUUUUCUGUUUCUAUACAUCUCCCUCAUGACAGUCAUCCAAGUCUCCAAAUCCCAAAACAAAUGCUCCUCCGUCGGCGUCCAAGGAAUCGCCUGGGCCUUCGGUGGCAUGAUUUUCGCACUUGUCUAUUGCACCUCCGGCAUCUCAGGAGGUCAUAUCAAUCCUUCGGUGACAUUUGGGUUGUUUCUGGGUAGAAAGAUGUCGUUUCCGAGGGCGUUGUUGUACAUGGUGAUGCAAUGCGCCGGUGCAAUAUGUGGCGCCGGAGUUGUAAAGGGGUUUGAAGGGGAGAAAGUAUUUGAGCUACACGGCGGUGGCGCCAACGUGGUUUCUGAAGGAUACGGCAAAAUCGACGGCCUUGGGGCGGAAAUCGUCGGAACAUUCAUCCUUGUGUACACCGUCUUCUCCGCCACCGACGCCAAGUUCAGUGCUCGCGAUUCCCGCGUUCCUAUUUUGGCGCCAUUGCCAAUUGGGUUUGCGGUGUUUUUGGUUCAUUUGGCCACCAUUCCGAUCACCGGCACUGGGAUUAAUCCGGCGAGGAGUCUGGGAGCUGCCAUUAUCUAUAACAAGGAGCAAGCAUGGAAUGAACAUUGGAUAUUCUGGGCAGGACCAAUGUCGGGGGCAACAUUGGCGGCAGCCUACCACCAACUAAUCAUCAGAGCGUUUCCUUUCAAAGGAAGACCAUCUUUGCCCCAGUAACUUUCACUUUUAGUCUAAAAUACCCCCUUACCAAAAUAAAGUUAAUGGUUUGAUCCAUUCAGGUGUUUGAAAAGGCGUCCAUUCCCUAAAGUGUUAAAGGGUUUAACUCCUUUGAUGGACAAAUUGUGUAGUUAGAAGUAUAAUCUAGAGGAUGUAUUUUAGCUCUUCUAAAAAGAAGACAUGUAAAUACAACGUGCAUAAAUCAUUCUAACCACCAUACAUUUUGUAUAAUAUCAUUUUUGUUAUGCAUAUACUUAUCCUAAAAAUGGUGUAACGCGUGUUAUAUUAUGUUAAC